UGGAUAAAUGUCCUUUACCAUUGAAUUUUUUUUCUUCUAAUUUCCGGGUCUACUUAAGGUCCCAUAGACACCAAUGCGAUAGCAGCUGGGCCUGGUCUACUUAGUUCGUUGAAUGUAUAUGAACGAGAAUAAAAUGAGGGAGUGGGUUAUCUCGCAUCCUCCUCCCUCUCUGAUUGUAGCUCUCGGACAUAAUAAUAAUCAUGUGACUAGACCCGGAAAUUAGGCAGGUGACAUCACUGCAGCAGUUUCGAGUCAGAACAUUUCAAUUUCAAUCCAUUCCAUAUCCACAAGAACUGAAUAUGCUACAUUUAAAAAUUGAAUGACGCAAAUGUGAUGUUAGUUGUUCUGCGGAUGCCCGUUUCGUAUGCAUUAGACCACUUGACUUUGAGCCAGGAGAAUGAACGAACAAGGAAGUAAAAAGUUGCAAAUUGCAACAAUGGAGAAACUUGAGAGAUUCGAUACAUUACGUGGUAAGCAGGUGCAACCUGGAGAGUUUUGGGAUCUAGUUGUUUUAACCGCUGUAGAUGACAACCAGAGAAAAGCAUACGAACUUCAGAUCUCAGAGAAACUUGGGAGGAAAGAGAUCCCACUUGGCAUUUCAUAUCACGUGUUCUCAGAUCCACCUGGAGCCAAAAUAGGAAAUGGAGGCGCAACACUGUCCUCUCUGCAACGGCUGGAAGACAUCUAUGGGAAGGCUCUGGGUGGAUACAGGAUCCUUCUGAUUCAUGCAGGUGGAUUCAGUCAGCGUUUGCCCAAUGCCAGUGCCCUGGGGAAAAUCUUCACCCCCAUGCCCUUGGGUGACCCUCUUUACCAGAUGCUGGAGCUCAAACUGGCCGUGUUUGUGGAUUUACCCAAGCACAUGAAACCGGGUGUGCUGGUAACCAGUGCGGAUUGCAUAGAGCUCUACAGUAUAGCGGAGGAUGAGAACAUCAGGUUUGACAGGUCUGGGUUCACUGCUCUAGCCCAUCCCUCCCCCAUCUCCAUUGGAACAACCCACGGAGUCUUUGUGCUGGACCAGAAGGAGAAGUCUGUAUUGGCCGACAUGGAAUACAGGACCUGCCUCCAUUUUCUGCACAAACCUAGCGUCAAGAAGAUGCACGAAAACGGUGCUGUGUGUAAGAGCCAGGAUAGCUGUAUGUCACUUCUGAGUGAUGCAGAGUUUGUGUACACAGACAGUACAUAUUAUGUAGAUUACAACACUGCAAUGUCGUUGCUUAGUCUAUUCCGAGAAGUGGGUCCUUUGGGCUGUGAGAUAGAUGCCUAUGGGGACUUCCUUCAGGCCCUGGGUCCCCAAGCCACGGUAGCUUACACCAACAACACUGCCAACGUCACCAAGCAGGAGAGCAACCUGGUGGAGAUGCGUCAGAAGAUCUUCCACUGCCUUAAGGGAACUCCGCUCAACCUGGUGGCUCUCAACCACUCCAAGUUUUACCACAUCGGCACCACCACAGAGUACCUCUUCUACCUCUCAGAGGACCCGUGCCUGAGGGGUGAGCUGGGACUAUACAAGGUGUUAGGCUACAGCCAAAACUUUAGCUUUAAGGUCUGCUGUGUGAUGCUGAGUGACGUGAAGCCCGGCUGCUCUUUAACUCCAGGCUCGGUGGUAGAGUACUGCAGGCUGGAGGCCGGCGCUCAUGUUGGCGGGCGGACCAUACUCAGCGGCUGCUGGGUAGGUGCGGGCCUGAAAGUGCCUGAUGGAACCUUCAUGCACUCCCUCUGCGUGAACCGGGAGGGCCAAACUGGUUUUGUUACCGUCACCUUCGGCAUCGAGGAUGACCUCAAGAAGAGCGUGGGGUCCCCUGCGAAUAUGGAGGGCUUGAACCUGUUCGGGGCCAGUUUGGUUGAGUGCCUGGCCAAGUGGGGCCUGAGUCCCGAGAGCCUGAGGUUCUCUGGUGACACAUCGAGUUGUAGUCUUUGGAACGCCUGUCUUUUCCCUGUGUGCCCGGACAUGCGCAACUCGUUCUCCCUGACUCUGCAGAUGCUGCAGCCGGGCGGGUCCACUGUCACGUUGCCCCCAGGCACCAAGCUGAUGUCUCUACAGGAGGCCCUGCAAUGUAAAAACUUGGAGGAGAUGCUCAAGUACAGGAAGACACUAAUGGAGGAUGUAAAGAUGAAGAAAUGGAGAUGACUGUGAGCUAUAGUGAUUAGGCUACUAUUGAUUGUAAUACCAUUGUGCCUUUUGUAAUCAUGAUAGGAAGGAUUGUGUGUUAAAUUGAACUGAAGUAGGGAUAAAAUGUGGUGGGCUUUUGGUAGCAUUUGAGUACAAUGGUUGGAUCAGCUAUUUGAUCCAUAAACGGGACAUUUGGAUGUAGCUUUUUUUUUAUUACAAAUAUGUUAUUUCUGUUGUAUAUUAAAAGAAAUGUCUAUUUGAAAACGAUUUUGUAAUGACAAUCCAUUUUGUAAUAAUGACAGAAAAUAUUUGA